GCUGGACUCACCUAGAUCAAAGCUCACCCCGCACCCCUUCUCUUGAAAUUUUCUUCUUCAUCUUCCAUAUUUCUUCUUCCUCAUCCCUUUGAAAGACCCCAAACCCCUAGCUUUUUGACUAUAUUUGUCAAGAAAUGGAUGUGGCUGCAGCUGGUGUGGUAUCAGCUUAUUGUGCUGUUAAAACAUGGCGAAAAUAUUAUUUCACUUCAAAUGCUCUUAAUAAGAUUCGUGAAGCUCCAAAUGCUAAUGUCUCUGAUCUUCGACAACUUCUUGAUAAAGAAGUUGAAACUAGCAAUCGUACUGGUGGUAAACUUGUUGUGGUUAAAGGGAUUGUUGUUGAAGCUCAAAGGAGUGUUGGUGGUGGUUGGGGAAAUAUAAGACCUACUGCACUGGUUUCUAGUGAGGCUGCUGGUGGAACAGCUGUUUUGAUUGAGAAAACUCAGAUGGUGUUAUCUCAGAAGGUUCCUUUUGUGCUUCUUGAUAUUGGUCGAUCCUUAAGCUCCGAUUACCUGUUUGUUAAUAUGGAGGGUUCGAAACAUCCUCUACAUAUUUCAACAGUUUUACAUGAGCUACAACCAGUUCAGGCUUCCCCUUCCACUUUCCUCCAAGCAGUUUUACGCCACCAGUACCCUGUUGGUCUGUUGAAUGAAGAAAAAGUUCUGUCAAUAGGAAAGCAGAUCAGUGCGGUAGGUGUUUGUAGCUUUGGAGUUCCACAAAUCAAAUCAUCACAGGACCUCCCGUAUUUCUUAACUGAGUUGACCAAGGAUCAGCUUGUGGAGGAUCUGGCCUAUUCGAAAAAUUGUUUAUUCUGGUGUGGACUUGCUCUAGGAUCACUGUCAAUUGGCUUGCUAGGCUAUGCUACCAUGAGGGGCUGGAGAAGAUGGAAAGAAAUGAAGAAGCAAUGGAGAGCUAAAGCCUCUAAUGUAGCAGAAGCCAUAGCUGCAGUAGCAGUAACAGCAGCUGCUGGACUAGCAAUAGCAGUAAUAGCUACAGAAUUUCUGGAUGAUGAAAUAGGGGGUGAAGUUCCGGACAGGGAAUUAUGUGCAAUCUGUCUAAGUCGGAGAAGGGGAACCGGAACCCUUUAUGGUCCUUGUGGGCAUAUUCUUUCUUGCAAAAUAUGUGCCCCUUCAGCGGACGAACAACAAUCAUCACCAAGCCACACACUCGCUCUUCAUGAACUAGAUGGGAUGACUGUUGGUGAUGUUGAAGAGGAGACAUCAAUUUCCAAUUAAGAGGCAGUGGACUAUGGCUAUGAGUAAGCAAAUAUUGAAACCAAAGCAUUCUAGUAGACUGGGACUGUUGUCAGUUUUAGUUUUUAAUUUGUAGCACUGUUUUUAAGUUUAAGCUUCAGAGAGACUGGACUGCUGCGUUGUUGCUUUUUAGUUUGUGAAACUUAAAAAUAGUAAAUAACUUAAGUAGCGCAGACUGCUUGCGUUAAGUUCUUGAAUGUUGAUGUACAAGUCUACAAUGACAAAACUUAAGUAUUCUUGAUUUCCAUCUCA